UAUGGGCCCAAGUCAAGGCACCUGUUAGAGGGGAGAGAUUCUGGAAAGUGUUACCAGAACAUAAAAUGGCCCCACCUGACAUUGUGAAGACUAUUGGCAGACCUAAGGUGAAAAGAAUAAGAGAAAAAGAUGCAGCAAUUAAAAGAGUUGGAGAGUGGGCACAUUCUAGAAAAGGAACUAGAAUGACAUGUAGCAAGUGUGGUUCAUAUUCUCACAAUGCAAGGAAAUGCAAGGAUGCUGAAGAAGCAAGUACUUCAAGAACUAGGAAAAGGGCCAGAUAUGUUGAAGCACAAGAGGUUGAUGUCAAUAGUUCAGCACCUCAACCAUCACAAGAAGGUGACUUCCAUUUCAAGCCCAUACCUAGAGUUCCACAGAAGCAAAAGAUGAAAGAUUUGGUCCCUUUUCAGAGGAUGAUAGUGAUCCAGAUCUAAGGCCAAAGAUCAUUUCUGAAGAGCAAACAAGGUUGAGAAUGAGGCAAGCUAGAAUAGUGCAAACUGGGAGUAGAGUGAUUUCUUUCAAGGGUGACCAUACUAGUGUGAGUGAGCCUACAGAUUUGCCUUACUCACCUACUAAGCUUACUUGGAAAGGAAAUGAAAUUGUCACUAGCAACCACUUGAAAAGGGCAAGAGAGAAGAAGGUGGGAAAGAUCAAAUUUAGACUCUUGGUUCUAUUUAUUAGUUGUAAUAUUGACUUAAUUCUGCCAGAUAUUGUAUUUCCAACUACCAAAUAGGAUCAGUUUUUGCAAGAUUUGGUAGUUCAAAAUGUAAGCUACUAGUUUUUGUUUUGUGUUAUGGUCUGGCAAAGUGCAAACAAUGGCAAGUGUAGGUUUAAGUAUCUUCAGUUUGUUGGAUUGCUAGUUUAUGUCUGUUGGUAUGUUUAUGAAAAAUAAUGAAUAUGGUAAUAUUUUGACUUGUG